AUGCCGACCCCCAUCGCGAAGCCGACAAUGAAGCGGCGGAAGGCGGAGAAGAGAUACGCGGCAGCGCCGUUGGUGCGCGGCACGUACCCGGGCGGCGGCGCCGGCAGCCCCUUGAAGAUGCGCGCGCUGACCGCCGACGCCUCCUGCACCUGCAUCGCCACUACAAACAUGGGAAUGAAGAACAGCAGGAAGGGCGGCACCGACGAGAAGGUGACGUACCACCACUGA